AUUGAUACUUCGUCAACCCCAGAACCCUACGGUUCGAACCAACUUCCCUGUGAUAGGGAUACCAACAAUUACCCCCCGCCAGAGGUCCCUGACAACGGGCUUGGGCUUUCUCGUGGCCUGAUUUGUCUCGGGCACCUCAUUCCAGAUCUCCGACAUCUCGACAAUGUUAUCAAUCGGAACGGGCUGCUGGAGAUCCCGCCAAAUAUGGCAAUAUAUUCAAGCAAAUCGUGGGAAUUGAGAUAUCAGAUGGACACUAGACGUGGUGCAGAGGUUUCUGCAACGGCCGGCGUGCCCAUUGCUGCGGCGGCCGGAGUGACGAUGAAGCUGGAUGCCGGGCUUGCAUUCGAGACUAGUGUCAGCAAUCACUGGGAAUUCGAAUCCCUCGAUACGUCAAUCAUUCAGCCAACACUCGCGUUCGUCGAGGAGAGCAUCAGCACAGCCGAAGUUUGCGACUAUCUCGAUGGGCAGGCAUGUUACAAGACUUCUACCAUGUUCAUGAUCACGGGGAUUGCUUGCGUUCGUACUGUGCAUAGUGAAGUGCCACUUGGAAUCGCUGAGACGGGCUUACAAGGUGGCUUCUCCAAGGACAAAGCCCUGGUAUCAUCGGCUAAAAGAACGACUGACUUCGUAUGGGCAGUUCGUCUGGCAAAGAUUUCGAAAGGCCUCCUCGAUUGGAAGUGGUCCUGGGAAACGCUCUCUCGUGGCGCAACAUUUGGGAGGACGACCGACGACGCAGAAGUCGGUGGUCAGAUCGCCAAAGCUUUGCGGGACGAAGGCCUCGAAGUAUGCCCUUGCCCCAUAACCGUGAAUGACGAUGUGUUCAUUCUCGGCAGUGAUGGUGGGCCGACAUCUGAUAGUUGAAGCUCUGUAAACUCGCGUCGAAUUGAUGUUACUCUGAACAGCGAAAAGAAUGUCGUGAUUUCCAUAGCCUAUGCACCUCCCUUUAAGCAUUCUGUAAUAUAUUUCUCACUCUAGCCCAUAAAGUCGCUUGUCUGCGGGCCGCUCAUACACAGUCUGUUCCCUCAUCAUUCGAGGCUGCAUGAUGACGAGUCUCGCUAAGCAUCAGCCUCCAUGUUAAUUCGCUGCAUGUAAUA